CCUGGGUCACCUCCCCUUUAAGAGCCGCUCACCUGGACCUGGGGCUCCUACCUGGGUGAGGUGACGCUGCCUUUGCAGGAAGGAGGAAGCACUGAGGAUCUCCUCCCUGCCGUCCCUAGCAAGGCCUCUGCUCUGUCCAGACCCUGCCCCCGCCAUGUCUGCCUCUGCCAUCUUUAUUUUGGACAUGAAGGGGAAGCCCUUGAUUUCCCGGAACUACAAGGGGGAUGUGAACAUGGCAGAGAUUGACCACUUCAUGCCCCUGCUGAUGCAGAAGGAAGAAGAAGGAGCCCUGACUCCACUGCUGACCCAUGGGAAGGUGCACUUCCUGUGGAUCAAACAUAGCAACCUUUACUUGGUGGCCACCACGCUCAAGAAUGCCAACGCCUCCCUGGUCUACUCGUUCCUGUACAAGGCUGUGGAGGUGUUCUCUGAGUACUUCAAGGAGCUCGAGGAGGAGAGUAUCCGAGACAAUUUCGUCAUUGUCUAUGAGUUGCUGGACGAGCUCAUGGAUUUUGGCUUCCCCCAGACCACGGACAGCAAGAUCCUCCAAGAGUAUAUCACCCAGCAAGGCAACAAAUUAGAGACGGGCAGGUCCCGGGUGCCUCCAACAGUCACCAAUGCUGUGUCCUGGCGUUCGGAGGGCAUCAAAUAUAAGAAGAAUGAGGUUUUCAUUGAUGUGAUUGAGUCUGUCAAUCUACUGGUCAGUGCCAAUGGCAGCGUGCUGCUGAGUGAGAUCGUGGGCACCAUUAAGCUGAAGGUGUUCCUGUCGGGCAUGCCGGAGCUGAGACUGGGCCUCAAUGACAGGGUGCUUUUUGAACUCACUGGCCUUUCAGGCAAUAAAAACAAGUCUGUCGAACUGGAAGAUGUUAAGUUCCAUCAGUGUGUACGGCUCUCUAGAUUUGACAAUGAUCGAACCAUCUCCUUCAUCCCACCCGAUGGAGACUUUGAGCUCAUGUCUUAUCGGCUCAAUACCCAGGUAAAACCACUCAUCUGGAUUGAGUCUGUCAUUGAGAAGUUCUCCCACAGCCGUGUAGAAAUUAUGGUGAAGGCAAAGGGACAGUUUAAGAAGCAGUCAGUGGCCAACAGUGUGGAGAUUGCGGUCCCUGUGCCCAGUGAUGCAGACUCCCCUCGAUUCAAAACCAGUGUGGGCAGUGCCAAGUAUCUGCCUGAGAAAAAUGUGGUUAUCUGGAACAUCAAGUCCUUUCCCGGAGGAAAGGAGUACCUAAUGAGGGCACACUUUGGCUUACCCAGCGUGGAGAAGGAGGAGGUGGAGGGCCGGCCUCCCAUUGCUGUCAAAUUUGAGAUUCCUUAUUUCACUGUCUCUGGGAUUCAGGUCCGGUACAUGAAGAUCAUUGAGAAGAGUGGUUACCAAGCCCUUCCCUGGGUUCGAUACAUCACCCAAAGUGGGGAUUAUCAGCUUCGGACCAGCUAGAAAAGACGCAGCUCCUGGACCGUUGGAGGCCGAAGUCUUGCCCCGCGGACUUUCCUGCCCAAAGUUUUUUUUUGAGAGUGUGUAUGUUUGUGAGGGGGACGGCCCCUGUUCUCGUGUCUGUUUUGAGAAACGUCUCCUCUGUGUCUAUGAAUGGGGGGCCGCUUUGUGUUUAGGGGCCCUGAGCUGUGGGAGGGGCACUUAUGGCCUUGUCCGUAGUUGGGAGGGCGGGCCCUGGUGACUCUUGCUUGUCUGAGUCUCAAACCCUUCCUUGCCUCCGCUUCUCAUGGGGGGGGGGGGGCGCCUGCAGAUGACCCCCAAAAGCCGGCGCCCCUCCCCCUCCCUGUCUCAGGGGGGCUUUUCCCUCAGGCCGCAGGGGUCUGCCUGGCGCGCUCUCCUUUCUAUUUAUAAAUGAAGUAAAAGCGGGGAACGGGUUUGUCCCGCAUCCCUCCGCUGCCUCGGUGCCUUGCCCGGAGCUUUCCGCCCUCCUCCGCUCUGAGAACGGUCUUUCUCCUCCCUGGUUAGUUUUAGGAUUUAAGAUUAAAGAACGUUGAGACUCA